ACUAAAUCACAUGGGGACAAGGAAAGAUGAGUUUGGCCUGGGCUGUGUCCCAUACUCACAAGUGCCUGGGUCCGCUCGUGUCACUUAGAAGAACUAGGGACAGAGAGCUCCUGAAGGCCAGCUUCCUCCUGGUCUACCACGACCGUGUGCUCCCGCUGCUGCACUCCACGCUGCUGCCCCCCUUCCGGUGGGCCGAAGAGGAGACAGAGGCUGCGCGGUGGAAAAUCAUCGCUGACUUCCUCAAGCAAACCCAGGAGAACCAGGGUGCCCUGCAGGCCCUGCUGUCCAAGGACGGAGUCCAUGAGCCUUUCGACCUCUCGGAGCAGGCCUACGACUUCCUGGGUGCGGGCAGGAGGAGUGAUCCACGGGGAGGCCUCUCACCAAGUGGCAGAACCCAGAGUGACCCAUUCUGACUGGGACCUGCUCUUUUUCUGUACAGAUGGUAUUUUUAAAGAUAUAUUUAUCUAAUAAUAUGAAUGCUUUUAAAAAAUAAAAUCAAUUUUAUAAGGAA